CCGUCUGCAUUGCAGCCCGAGCGGCUGCCGGAACAUAACAAUGGCGACUCACAGACCGAACAGCAACUCCAUAAGCUCCAGCAGCAUCGUCGGAGCCACGUCGCAUCAGCUGCACCAACAGACACAAAGCAGCAGCAUGCAAGAGACCAACACCUGCUGGAGAUGUCAAAAUGAAACAGGGUUUCAGAUAAGCCUGUCUGGAGUGACCCAAAGUAAACGUAAAGCUCUGAAGCUGAACUUCGCCAACCCUCCCGUGAAACCCACCUCCAGGCUUCCGCUUCAUCCCACGGCGCCGUCUUUCCAGAACCCUCACAUAGAGCGCCUGCGGACGCACAGCAUCGAGUCAUCGGGGAAGCUGAAGAUCUCGCCGGAGCAGCAUUGCGACUUCACCGCAGAGGAUCUGAGAGACCUCGGCGAGAUCGGUCGUGGAGCUUACGGCGCCGUCAACAAGAUGGUCCAUAAACCAACAGGCCAGAUUAUGGCUGUGAAGAGGAUUCGCUCCACCGUGGAUGAGAAGGAGCAGAAGCAGCUGCUCAUGGAUCUGGACGUGGUGAUGAGGAGCAGUGACUGUCCUUACAUCGUCCAGUUCUACGGCGCCCUCUUCAGAGAGGGCGACUGUUGGAUCUGCAUGGAGCUCAUGUCUACCUCAUUAGACAAAUUCUACAAAUAUGUAUAUUGUUCAUUAGAUGAUGUCAUUCCAGAGGAAAUAUUAGGAAAAAUAACUCUAGCUACCGUUAAAGCACUGAACCACUUAAAAGAAAACUUGAAAAUAAUUCACAGAGACAUCAAACCUUCCAACAUUCUAAUGGACCGACGGGGGAACAUCAAACUGUGUGAUUUUGGUAUCAGCGGGCAGCUGGUCGAUUCGAUAGCCAAGACCCGAGAUGCUGGCUGCAGGCCUUACAUGGCUCCUGAAAGAAUAGACCCCAGCGCUUCCAGACAAGGCUACGAUGUCCGCUCUGAUGUUUGGAGCCUGGGAAUCACUCUGUAUGAGUUGGCCACAGGACGCUUUCCUUACCCCAAGUGGAAUAGUGUUUUUGAUCAGCUGACACAAGUGGUGAAAGGAGAACCUCCUCAGCUCAGCAACUCAGAAGAGAGACAGUUCUCCCCCAAGUUUAUCAACUUUGUUAACCUAUGCCUUACAAAGGAUGAAUCAAAGAGGCCAAAGUACCGGGAGCUUCUGAAACACCCGUUUAUUUUGAUGUACGAGGAACGCUUCGUGGAUGUGGCCAGCUACGUGUGUCGCAUCCUGGAUCAGAUCCCCUCCUCCCCCAUCUCUCCCAUGUACGUCGACUGAUCCCAGGCCAGAUGCGGUGUUUGCCUCCAGUGGGUGGUACACCGAGCGUUUGUCAUCUUGGCUGUCACCUGUUGUUCACGCGUUCCAAAGAAGAAAAGAAAAGUCCAAAUCCCUUGGUGUAACAACAUCCAUCUAAAUAACUCUUCCUUCAUUGUAAGAACCCAAAAUCUCAUCAUCCAUUGACUGGCAGAAAAACUUGAAGCAGCAAUGUUGUCUUAGUAAAAUGCAUCUUUGCUUUUGACGGAAAAAUUAGAUUAAGCAUAUAUGAAAUACUAUACUUGAAACUGAUUCAGAAAAACAGGAAUUACCAAAUGAAAUGUUGUGAAGCUCAUCAUGUAAGAACAAAUGACUUGUACAAUGGAUCCAUAUGUUUUCAUGUACAGAUGAAUGCUGACAGACCUACUGUCUAAAAACACUUCACACAAGUUGUCAGCACCUUUCUCACACGGUAUAUCAAUUAUUAUGCAAAAGUUUUAUUUUUUCCUGGAAAGCCUAUUGGUUAUGUAGUGUGGCUUCCCCCCUCCACCCACCUUCCCCAUUCCUCGUAUGCAGUAUGUAAGAGCUUGUUGGGGCACAUUUUAGAUUCCUCACAUCUCUUUCUGGCCUCAGUUUGUCUUUUCUCAUUUUGUUCAAGUCACGCAAUUAGGCAUGGUGUGUUUAAAAAUAUAUUUUAUAGAUUUAUUAGUUUAAAACUUUUAAUGUUACUUAAAGGAAUUUU